GCGGGAACUGUGACAGAAAUGUGACAUAGGUGACAAUUAUAGUUAUGUCACGCUUGUGUGGCGGGAUCCAGUCAGCGACAUGGUUUCAAGUUCACAACGCCACGAGCUGGCGGGCUGCAGCAGACAUUAGACUCAUUGCCGACAUCAGUUUUCUGCAUCUGAUCAACAAGGCUGAGUCGCAGCUCGCUGAAGCAAGCUGAAUGUCGUCCAAGGCAAAGCCCAACCCGCUACCUUUGAGCGACACGCUCCGGGACCUUGCGCUCCUCCGCGCAGCCGACUGCGAUCUCUCUUCCGCUUUGCCUCCGCCAAUAACAUCAAACCAGUCUGCUGCUUCGCUGGAAGAAGGCACCGUCUAUGAAUCAGUGGAGCGGUCGUACGAGUUCGUAAGGGAGGCACGGGCGGUGAUGCGGCUGCUUGGACGGGAAGAGGUGGAGAAGCAGGGUGCAAGGCUGGAGGAGGUGAGGAGUGGGCUGGAGGACGUGUUGCAUGGGCUGGAAGGGCAGUAGGAGCAUUACGGUAGGACGCUUGUAUUUCACUGAUAGAGCACCCCGUUCGAAGAGCGCCAUGGAUUCUCGGAAUGCAAAUAUUUCAAAGUUUGAUACGUGGUGGUGUCUUCGAAAACGAUGAAAUGUCCUGUGCUCGAUUGAAUGCUAGCACGUUCUA